UGAGUUAUCGUGGUGCUUAGGAGGUUCGGUGAGUUUGGCCGCUUUGGCUGCGCUCACGGAGAGCGAAACCGAUGCGAGUGGAAUUAGUCAACUUCUGGUACUAUACCAGAGCGCAUCGUUCAUUCGCACGCAGGACGAUUGAGAGCCGGUCCCAAUAUUUUACAAAUAAAUUACACUUCAUACAUAAUUUUUUACGGAUCGCGCGGUACUAAUCCCAAUCGAACGUGGACUCAUCACUGAUUGAUGACAAAUCAAUCAAAAGUGAUUCAUUAAAUUAUCACAAAAUGGUUAAAUUGUGUGAAAUAUUUUAAAUUAAAAAAAUAAAAAUUAAAAAUAAACUGAUUUCUUGAAGUGAGAUCUUAGAAGAAAAACAUUGCACAGUUCUUCAAAUGUUUGGUGUAAGUGUGGAAGCAGUGAAGUGGAGGAACAUUUAAGGCCAAAUUCGUGAAUCUUCUGCAUUUUCUUGCGCUCUGUGUGUGCCUCCUUGUAAACUCUGAGAAUCCCACGAGAUUUCGGCAGCACAAAGGCGUGCUUGUGGAGUGAUUUCUUCUACGACGUUUUGGAAUUCAGAACAAUUUUUGUGGACUUUGUGACUCCUGUUUAGUACAACAUACCAAGUGUUGAACUACAAUUCUUGAAAAAAACUUCUGAAGUUUUUUUUUCUUUAAUUUACGAAAAUGAUUCCGUGGCGAAUGAUAGAGUCUCGGAGUUCGAGGAAAUCUCAAUUUUCUAAGACAGCAAAUUUUCCCAACUAACCCGAAGACUGUGUUGUGACAAACAACCCCUUAUAAUAAACUCAUCUUCCCACGCAUCAGACUUUCCGAAAGACGUUAGUUAAGAAGAAGAAAAGUGUUGGAACUUCUGUUGGUGGUGUCAAGAAACGUUCUAAGAUCUGGUGUGACAGUGAUCAAAAAAAAUUAAAAGAAGUGUCCCAAAACAAGGGGGUUGGGAAGCCGAGAAGAGGAGAGAUAGUGUAAAGUAGAGAAGUUUUUGUUUUCUUUGGAGUUUGAAAAAAAAGUGAAAACAAAGAAAAGAGACUGAAUACAAUAUUUAAAUCAAGUGCGUGUGCUGCAAUCACGGCCUAUUUAACGAAUUGCCCCUCUUCGGAGGGUUUCAGCGGGCUCCAGAGCUUGCAGGGGUUAGUUGGCUUGGAGGGUGGCACCUCCAGACAACAGACCCGAAUGCAGCCAACUGUGCCCCAGAGCACCGGGGCCGCCGACAUGGACUUACCAUCUGUCCAAUCAGUGGAGUGGUUAUUUAAAAAGGAACGCAUGUAUUUACUGGCACAAUUCUGGCAACAGAGAGCAACAUUGGCCGAAAAAGAAGUAAACACUCUUAAAGAGCAACUAUCGUCAUCAUCACCAAGUAAGGUGAUCACACAGAACGGCGGGAUUACGGGAUCCUGCCAGCAGCCACCGCAAUCAACGAGUCCAACACUGUCAGAGUGUGGCAGUGUAACUAAUCUAAGUAGCAAAUUGAACGUAAAGUCAGAGCUGGAUCUGACGGGGGAGGUGAAGAUGGAGCCGAGUGGCGGUGCGGAGGCGGCAAAUAGUCGCACGACACCCGGACCAUGUGAUAAGCAACCACCAGAGGGUCAGCCGGCAACACCAACGGCCAAUCCUGCGUCCACGGACAGCAAUCACAGCACCACAAGUGGCAAUGGGAGAACCCUCGCCGAAGACUUGGCCGCCAAAGACAAAGAGAUUGCUGCCUUAGUUGAGGAAGUAGCUCGAUUACGAAGUGCAAUUGCCGCCCUCCAGGAGUCUCAUGCCGCCCAAAUUCAGAGACUUGAGGAUCGACUGGAGCAGAAAAGACAGCAAAUCACCCGCCUCGAGGCAAGACUCGACAAACAGUCCGACUACGAGGACGUCAAGAAGGAAAACAGUCUCCUGAGGUCUGUUGACUUAUCCACAUCGGACUCUAAACAAUUCCAAGAAUUACUCCAAGAAAGGACCAAAGCUCUUGCUGCGCAUUCGGAAGCCCUCAAAUCAGCGAGUGCAGAUGGAUCCGCAUCCGGUGUAGCCACUCCAUUCAGUCACAACAGCCUGCAGCCUGGUGCGAAAUUCCCGUCGUCGUCCUCUUCCUCCUCCCCCUGCACGCCGGCUCACACGCCAACCUCAACACCAAUCUCCCUGCCGGCGUCACACCCAACGCCGCCAGCCACUGGCAAACUGAGCGCCAACGGCGCCCCGCCAAAUCCACUCUUGCCACCACCAUUCGCCAACGUGGAGACAUUCGGCUCAUUCCUCGGUGAAGAAAUUGUCAGUAAUUGGCGCCGCGGCCUCGAUCUGCCGCCACCGCCGCCACAUCACGCCCUAGCGGCACUCCGCCCCUCAAUGCUAGCACCCAUGAACCACCAAACGAGUCGUUCUCCCUCCACAGAUGCCCACACACUGAGUCACGAAGAGAAACCCACUUCGGUGCGUGAUCACGACGCCUCAUCCACGGCAAGCAGCACACCCGUACUCGGUGGCACCGAGGAAGCCAUCAACGGCGCCGUACCGCAUGCCAAGAGCCCGGCAGAGGAUAACAACAACACACUAGCACCACUUACGCACACCCACCCCAUGCUCCAGGGGCUGCCGUUUCAGUUCCAAGAGCGCGGUCACUUCCGCUUUGCUGAGGACCUCCAGCUGCCGCCGGGCUCAAUGGUGGGCCGCCUUGGGGACUCACUCAUCCCCAAGGGUGAUCCCAUGGAAGCAAAACUACAGGAGAUGCUGCGCUACAACAUGGACAAGUAUGCCAAUCAGAAUCUCGACACACUCCACAUUUCACGGCGCGUGAGGGAACUCCUGUCCGUGCACAACAUCGGGCAGCGUCUCUUUGCCAAGUACGUGCUGGGGCUGUCACAGGGUACCGUGUCGGAGUUGCUGUCGAAGCCAAAGCCAUGGGACAAGCUCACGGAGAAGGGGCGCGACAGCUACCGCAAGAUGCAUGCCUGGGGAUGCGACGAUAACGCCGUGCUCCUACUCAAGUCACUCAUCCCGAAAAAAGCACCCCAGACGACACAUGCAGACGCCCACCCAUCAGAUCUUCCACCACAUCCUCCAUUCCCCAUUGAAUUUAGAAGAAAAGACUCCGCAAUGCCACCGUAUGGGCGCCCCGAGGAUAGUAUGACGGACGAACGGAUAGCACAUAUCCUCAACGAGGCGUCCAAUCUCAUGAAACCCGGCCCGGGGCAUCAUCCACCGGGGAUGAAUCAGCAUCCACCGAUGGGGCAGCAGCAGGAGGAUACGCGCAGCAAUGACGACUCCAAGUCACCGCAUAAUCAGUGCACGUCACCCUUCUCCAAGGAUUCAUCACAAAAUCGUCGGCUGAAGAAGUAUGAGAAUGACGACAUCCCGCAGGAGAAGGUGGCACGGAUUUACCAUGAGGAGCUGACGAAACUCAUGAAAGUUGCUCCACGAGAUGGAUUCUCCAGGUACUCAUCACAUCCCAGACGAUUACCCAUUGAUCAAGACAUUCCAGGCGAAAUGAGCAGUUACACGAACUCAUAUAGCUUCCUCUUCCCACACUUUUUCAGUGGCGGAAUGCCGCCGAUGAAUCAAAUUCAGGAUGAGAGUCUCCGGAUGACAUUCGAGGCGUACCAGCGGGAGCUUGUGAAGUUGCAACAGAGUGGCGCCAAUUUGCCCAAUUUCCCCAACAUCCCAAACUUGCCGAGUUUGCUGGCGCUGCAGCAGCAUGCCCUCAAUGGGGCGCAGGAUCUCAGUUUGCCCAAGGAGAAGCAGCUCAAGAUGAAUGGGCAGCAGCAAAACACGGAGGCAGGUGGGGAGAAGGAUUCCGAAGAUGUUCGCCAUUCGGGCAGUGCAUUUAGUCUCGUGCGACCGAAGCAGGAGACCUCAUCGACACCCACAACCACCGCAUCAUCAGCCCCGAGUCCCCUUAGCAAUUCCAUCCUUCCACCCGCCAUUACACCCACGGAAGAUUUCUCCGCUGCAGCAAGUCCCCUGCAGCGUAUGGCCUCCAUCACAAAUAGCCUGAUCACUCAGCCACCUGUGACGCCGCAUCACUCCUCCCCGCAGCGCCCCCUGAAAGCCGUCCUGCCGCCCAUAACGCAGCAGCAGUUCGAUAUGUUCAACAAUCUCAACACCGAAGACAUCGUGCGGCGCGUGAAGGAAGCCCUGAGUCAGUACAGCAUCAGUCAGCGUCUCUUUGGGGAAUCUGUGUUGGGGUUGUCGCAGGGGAGUGUGAGUGAUCUCCUGGCACGCCCAAAACCCUGGCAUAUGCUAACGCAGAAGGGCAGGGAACCCUUCAUUCGCAUGAAGAUGUUCCUCGAAGAUGAGAAUGCGGUGCACAAACUCGUGGCUAGUCAGUACAAGAUUGCCCCGGAGAAGCUAAUGCGAACGGGCAGCUACAGUGGAUCCCCACAAAUCCCACCGCAGCUAGCGGGCGGGAAAAUGCCCCCAAUGCCCAAAUUGCUGAAUGAUCAAAUUACAAAGAUGCAACAGGACCAGCAGCAGCAUCUCAUGCAGCAAAUGCAGGGCUCCCCCAUGCAAUCAUCCCAGCCACAGCCACCAACAUCCACGCCCCAGGGGAUGCUACUCACCCCACCGGGGCUACCGCCUCAUCAUGCCAUCCCCCUGGCUGCAGCUCAGGCGGCUGCAGCAGCGGCGGCGGCGGCACAGGAGAAGAAACAAAUGCCCAUGCCGGUGCAUUCGCCGCAGCAGAAUAACGCCAUGCGGGGGAUGCAUCAGCACAUGUCACCAACAGUGUACGAGAUGGCGGCGCUCACGCAGGAUCUCGACACUCAAGUUAUCACCACGAAGAUCAAAGAGGCACUCCUGGCCAACAACAUCGGACAAAAGAUCUUUGGUGAAGCUGUUCUGGGGCUAUCACAGGGAUCUGUGUCGGAAUUGCUGUCAAAGCCAAAGCCCUGGCAUAUGUUGAGCAUUAAGGGACGCGAACCCUUUAUAAGGAUGCAGCUUUGGUUGUCUGAUGCCAACAACGUUGAUCGGUUGCAGGCACUGAAGAAUGAGCGUCGUGAAGCGAACAAGAGGCGUCGCUCAACGGGCCCUGGAGCGCAGGACAAUAGUUCCGAUACAAGCAGCAAUGAUACGUCAGAGUUUUAUCAUUCAAACUCCCCGGGACCAGGGUCAGUGGGCUCUGUGGGGGCACCACCGAGUAAGAAGCAACGUGUGCUGUUCUCAGAGGAGCAAAAGGAAGCCCUACGCCUGGCAUUUGCCCUGGAUCCGUAUCCCAAUGUUGCCACCAUUGAGUUCUUAGCCACGGAAUUGGGAUUGUCAACGCGCACCAUCACCAAUUGGUUCCACAACCAUCGAAUGCGCCUCAAGCAGCAGGUGCCGCAUGGGGCACCGAGUGAACCCCCAGUACCGCCACGUGAGAGCCAAUCGGGUGCCCCCUUUGACCCCGUUCACUUCCGCAUCUUGCUCAAUCAGCGCCUGAUGGAGUUGCAGAAGGAACGAAUGGGUUUGAGUGGGGUCCCACUGCAGUACACCCCGUAUUUUGCCACAAAUCCCAAUCUUGCUGCCCUCAUCAGCCGGGGGCUUCUCCCUGGUGCUGGGGAUGCCGACCUGACGGCACUCAAUACGGCCUUCAAGGAGCAAAUGAGUGGGUUGGAUUUAUCGCUGAAACGCGAGGGGGAUGAUGAUUUUGAUGAUGUGGACGGAGAGGCGGAUAGUCAUGUGUCUGAUGGGGAUUCAGUUGAUGAGUCAAAGUCAGAGGAGACAAAGGAAACCCCCGUGGCCAUUCAAGCAUCAGCACGAUCAUCACGACGGAAACCCGCUGCACCGCAAUGGGUUAAUCCCGAUUGGCAGGACGACAAGAAACCCCCAUCGGCAGCUGGGGGCGCUUCCACGCGCGAAGAGGAAGUCAUCAUCAAUGGGGUGUGUGUGAUGCAACAAGCAGCUGACUACAGUCGAACAGCUGGCGAGGAGACUGUUCAUGUUGAACCGCAAGCGGUUGCGGAGCGUUUUGAGGAGCCCGAUGAGGAUGAACCCGAAGCUGAGGGUGAUGACGAGGCAGCAGCCCGUGCGAGUCCAGCUGUCUCGGAGAAAGCCCCAACGGAUCAUCCCGCCGCUGCUGCUUCACCCGAUUCCACCGAUGACACUGAAAAUGGGCAAACAGACGUCAAAGCCGAAGCUGUGUCGCCCAUCAAGAAGGAAGUUGACGACGAUGGGGAUCGCUGGGAGUAUUAAGGCCUAACCAAAGCUUUUUGUAAGAAGACGGUUUUCGUUGUUUUUUCUCACUUGCUUCUUGUCAAAUUGUAUAUCGUGCUGUCAACUGUCAAACAAGAAACGCGAUUUCUAUGUUUUAACCGUGUUUCUUGUUUGACAGUGACAGUUUGACAAGGAGCAAGUGAGAAAACAACGAAAACAGGCUUCUUAAAAGCUUUGAGAGGAAGCUUAUGCUGCAAAGCUUCCAAAAGCUGGUAAAUCCAAAAAUAACAACGAUUCAUCCCAACCAAAAUUAUCUCUCCCAAUAAGAGAAUUCAGUGCAAUUGUCGGAUAAAAAAAUAAUUAAUUAAAAAUCUUUAUUCUUUAAUAAUUUUUGGGGAAUUUUUCCAAUUUAAAAAAAGAAAAGAAGAAAAUUCUUUCCCAAGAAAAUCCCACAACAUCUUCAUAUAGAUUUAGUAACAAAAAGAAAAACUAAAAAAGAAAAUGAAGAAAAAAAUCUAUUGUGAUUGAUUUAAAAAAAAAAAGAAAAGAAAAAUAGAAUAAACGAAUUAAGAAUUUUUUAGCUACAAAGGUUCUUUGUUGAAAUAAUGUAUUUUAUAAUUUUUUCAUUAUGUUUCUCAAAACUUUUAAUCAAUUUUAACGUCAUUUUUUUUAUUGCGGUAAGACGAUGCGAGAUAAUGAAUAAGACUGUUACCAAUAUUUUUUCAAAAAGAAAUAUAAAUUACAAAAAAAUAAUAUCCUGUGUACAUUUAAUUACAAAGUAAAAAAAUAUGUAUGUAAUAAAAUACGCGCACGAAAGCUCCAUUGUUUUGUGCAAAGGACAUCGCCUCAUUGAACAGAUUUCUUUUGAAAAAGUUCAACAAAUUAAUUCAUUUUUUUAUUAAUUAAUUAAUUAAUUCUGCACAAAAUGUCUUUUAAUUGUAGAAACUUUCUUCUUUAAAACAUUUUUUUCUAUAUUAAAUAAUUACCUCCCAUUCCAUUUAACUGAGACGAUAGAGAACAAGUUUAGGAUGUAAGGGGAUUUGUAAUUUAGCAAAGAGAAAGAGGAAGCUCGAGAAAAUUGAGAAAAUAAAAACUGAGAGAAAUUCAAUCAAAAAUCAUUUGUAAAUGAUAAAAGAAAAAUAAAUAAAUUGUAAAGAUAAAAAUGAAAACUUAAACAUAUUGCCGAAAUAGCUGGAGAAAGAAAUUUAAAAAAAGUGAAAAAUUAAAUAGUCCCACAGCUGAUUUGAAGAAGAAAGAAAACAUUAAGAAAAUCAGCUGGAAAAUGCAUUGAGAUAGAAAAUAAAGGAAAAAGAAAUCUUGUAGAAUAGUUUAUUGCAAAUUAAAAGAAAAAAAAAAAGAGAAAAUAACAAAAAAAAUCACUGAGAAAAGAUACCAAAAAAUUACCUAGCUGUAAAGAAAAAACGUAAUUUAAAUAGCAUAGAAAAGAAAAACCUUCCUCUACAUUUCAUCAAAAUGCUGAAGAAACGUGAAAAGUAAAAAAAAUCUGACGCAAGAGUAGUAUGAGAAGAAAAUUCUUAAAAUAAAUCAAAAUAAUAUUUAAAAUAUUAUUUAGAUCUCAAAUAUUGUAACCAAAAAAAAAUGAAGAAAAGAAGAAAAAAAAACAAGAAGUAGGAGUUAAUAAAAAAUGAUAAGAAUUUCAAAUUUAGAAGCAGAUUAAAUUAAAAAGAAAAAUUAAUUAAUCAAACAAAAUGUAGGUUCAAAGUGUAUAAACAAAAGUGCUAGCGAUUUGUAGGUGAGCAUGUGAAGAUAAGAAGAAAAUCUCGUAAAAAAAUUAUCUCUCAAUAAAAAAAGUUUAUCUGUAGAUUAGUCAGAUGGGAGAGAAGAAAGAAAAAUUACUUAUUCGAAAUAAAAAGAGAAAAAUAAAAUAAAAGAAAAAUGAGAUAUUGAGGAAUCAACAGUGAAACAACCCCCACGCAUAUCGAAAAACUCUAAGAAAAAGAAAAACAAUUUAAUUGAAAUGAAAUUUGAAAAAAAGAAGAUAAAAAACAGAAUUUACACACUUUAAUGUAAUUAAAACAAAAAGAAAAGAUAAAAUUAUUAUUAAAAGAAAUUGAAAGAAAUCCCAUAAAACAAAUCUUAAAUUUAUAUAGAAUAUUAGUUAAAUACAGAAGUUAUAUAGUCAUUAUUAUAUUCGAGUAAAUAGCAAAAAAAAGAAAGAAAUAUUUCCAACAAAUUUACAGGCAAAAGCAUGAAUUUUUUUCUCUUUUUCACUUAGCCACACACAGAAAAAAAACAGAAAAUUCCACCCAAUAGAAUAAUUCUUUGUCUCUAAAUAAAAUGCAAAAGAAAAGAAAAUGAAUUUAUUUAAAUUGUAUAAAGAAAUAUAAUCCUUCUUAUUAUAUAUUUGAUCCAAUUGCAAAAAUUGGGAUUAUAUAGAAAUUAAGUAGUUGUAGCGGUACACUGGAGAAAUGCAAAAAUUGCUUUGGUUAAUCCUUUUGCGCACAAACUUAAGACAAUUUUUUUUUAUUGAGUUUUGGGUAAUUUCUAACCCUUUAACGUCUAUUUUAAUAUUUCUGCGUAAAUAAUAAUCUUCAGAAAUCACGGACGCAACAGCUAAAAAAACAAAGAAUGAAACUUAAUUUUUCAAUUAGAUAUUUUAUGUUUUCUUUUUCUUUUAUUAAAAAGCUAAAUUUCUAACAAUUUUCUCUCGUGUACCGCUGAAACUAUCAGUCUUUACGGAGAAAAAUCAAGUCAUAAAGAAAAGUCUAAAAAUAAAUAAAGAAAAAAAAGGAACCGAAAUCCUUGCAUUAAGUGAGAAAAAGCUAAUAAAAUAGUAAAAGAUGAAAAAAAAACUAAUUUAAAAAAAAAGAAAUAGUGUAAUAAAAUAUAUUGAUGAAAAUAAUAAAAAAAAAAGUUAAAGUUGGUUGAAGAAUGGACACACAGAGCCUGAUUAAUAAAACUUGGCACACAGAGAAGAAAAAAACUUCUAGCAAGAACCCUCAAGUUUUAUUGGCUAAAUUAAGAAAUUGUUUUUUUUUCUUUCAAAUUUUAAACGUCUUUCAUUUCUCAAGAGAGUUUUUUCUUUAAAUAAUUAAUUUUUAAUUAUUGUUAAAUUCUCAUUGUUGCAAUUUAUUUCUUUGUAUAAUUUUGAAUAUAAUUCCUUUUUACAAAAAAAUAAAACAUUUGUUAAAUGAUUAUUUACUUGGAAUAAAUUUCUUCUUCAUUUCACCUUUUUUUGUACAACUUUUGAAUAAAAAAAAAAUUAAAACAAGCAAAAAUACGUAAGAAUAAAAUAUAACUUUUGGAAAAAAUAAGGCAGAAGAAAUUUAUUCAAAAAAGAAAAACUUGUAAUAUAAAAAUAAAAAACAUAAAGCAUGUAAAAAUUCUCUUUGGAUGAGAAUAUAAAAAAAAUAUUUUAAAAAAUUUGUGAGAAAGUUCUUUUGAUUUAAAAAUUCUAACAAAAAGAAUAUAUGUUGUAUGCAAUAAAAAGCUCCUCAAAAGGAGCUCAAUCAUUUUCUUCAUCACUAUUUAUUUUCAAUUUCUUUAAAAAGAAAUAUUAUGUGAAACACCCAAAAAUUAACUGAAUGAAAGAAAAAUUCACAAAGAAUUUUCAUUUCUUAUUAAGAUUCUAUCGCAUAGAAAUGUUAUUUACUUUAGAAGAACAACAAAGAAUUAUUAGGAAUCAGUGCGUACUUUUUUUUUUUAAUUUUACUGAUAUGAAAGUAAAAAAGAAAAGAAAAAUCAUGAAAUAUAAAUAAAA